AGCUAUUUUUCAUAUGAUACUAAACAAGUUGGCAUCUCCGUCAGCCAAAGUAAAAUUAUUUGUGUAGCCAGAACUUUGUGUAUUUAAUUUUUUUAUUGAACACUGAAAGUUAUGGCUUUGGUGUCUUUAUUCUUUUUAUGUAUGCUUGUUAUCUGGGCAGAAGAAAUACAACAGGAACUCGCUUCCUGAUGUUAAAUCAUAGAUUAAGCCGUAAAUAUUCGAUGCUGUAAAGCUUGGAACGAGAAUUGCGACUAGGAACAAAUGGAGAACAACAAAGCUUCGUACAACAUAAAACAACCGGUUCCUGGUGAUAUUGAUAUUGGACUUGUCAAGAUAGAGCAAGAUGAGAUGUCAGAUAUUAAUAUUUUAGAGAAAAUGGAAUUGCAGUGGGAACAGAACCAACAAAAGGAACAUCAUCCAAAACCAUUUCAUAGAGGUCAAAGAAUGGUCAAUUGGCGCGAAGCAGAAGUCAAUUAUCUAAUUGAUUUGGUUAAAAGCAAUUCAUAUGUAUGGAAUAGUUCUGUGCCUGAUUUUAAAAAAAAGCAUAAGAAGGCAUUAUUUUGGGAACUUGCUGCGGACAAAAUAAAUAACGCCCUACAUCCGAGAACACAAUUUACAAGAAAUGAUUGUUUCAAGAAAUGGAACAAUCUACGUACUUAUUUCCAAGCAGAAGUGAAGUCCGUUAAGAUCAAAAAUAACGGUGGCACUUCGGAUGGCGAUGAUAAUAUCAGCGGCGGCUGGAAGUAUAGCUCGAAGAUGAGCUUUUUGAUUGGCACCCGCUUGCCUCAAAUAGCUGUAAAUACGUUUAACAAUAGCGAACAAUCGGUGUUUGAUACAACGACCAGCUUAUCUGAUUCAAAUGGCGAAUCGGAAAUGGAAGCUUCAACUCAGGAGCCUCAGGAAAAUGAUUGUAAUCAAUCGAAUGCCAAUCUGGAUGAACUGCAUCAAUCCCCACCAGGCUCUCCGCAAACAAAACGCAAAAGAAUCCCAGAGUUAACAGACGGUCCAGACAAUACUUUGCCGCAUAGCAUACCUAACAAUGUGAAUAGAUUAGCUACGAGUGCGAUAAGUCAGAUCAAUAAGGGCGAAGAAUCGCGUUCGUAUUACUAUAGCAAAUAUGUUGGCCAAUGCUUGGAUAAACUCGAUGCGGAUCUCAAUUUAGAGGCAAGAGAAAAGAUAAGCGAAAUAUUAUUCAAAUAUGAGAAAGUACAAUUGAAGCGAUCAUAGACUGAAAUUCAGGUUAUUUAAAUACUA